CCUCUUCUUUGACCACACUCCGUCGACACAGCCGCCAUCAUGGGUCGUGGACCAAAGAAGCACCAGAAGCGCCUUAGUGCGCCAUCGCACUGGCUCCUCGACAAACUGUCUGGUGCCUAUGCCCCGAAAGCCUCCCCAGGUCCCCACAAGCUUCGCGACUGCAUGCCCUUGGUCAUCUUCCUCCGAAACCGUCUGAAAUAUGCCCUCAACUCUCGCGAGACCAAGGCUAUCCUCAUGCAGCGCCUCGUCAAGGUUGAUGGCAAGGUCCGCACUGACUCAACCUUCCCUGCCGGUUUCAUGGACGUUAUCACAAUCGACAAGACAGGCGAGAACUUCCGCCUUGUCUACGACACCAAGGGCCGCUACACCGUCCACAGGAUAACCGCGGAAGAGGCACAAUACAAGCUAGGCAAAGUCAAGCGUGUUCAGCUUGGCAGGGGUGGAAUUCCCUACUGUGUUACGCACGAUGCGCGAACGAUCCGGUACCCUGAUCCUGCCAUCAAGGUGAACGAUACCGUCAAGAUCGACCUCGCCACUGGCAAGAUCACCGAUUUCAUCAGGUUCGAUACUGGUGUUAUUGCCAUGGUCACUGGUGGCCGCAACAUGGGUCGUGUUGGUGUCAUCACUCAUCGUGAACGUCACGACGGAGGUUUCAACAUCGUCCACGUCAAGGAUGCCGUCGACAACGAGUUCUCCACCCGGGAAAACAACGUUUUCAUCAUCGGCCGUGAGAAGCCAUGGAUCAGUCUGCCCAAGGGCAAGGGUGUCAAACUCACUAUUGCUGAGGAGAGGGACCGCCGUCGGGCACAGGCUCUGGCUGGCCAUUAGGUGUGAGGUGAAUGAAGCAAGAGGAGAAGCAGCAUCUAAACGGACCACCUGGGUAAGAGAGCUGUAGUGUGGUCUGGACAUAGGUUCUGUCUAAAAUCAGGCGUUGGUCAGUCGUGGGGAAGCUUGAUGGGGCUCUAGCUUUCUCCAUAUCAAUGAAAUAUCACAGCAGAAUCAAACAAA